AUGGCGCCCGGGAGGGCCGAACACUUUGGUUACGAAGUCUUCAACAAAGACGGAUUUAAAGAUUGGAAGCAUGUAUCUAAAGGCUUUAAAGAUCAUAUUGGUAGUCAUGAUAGUAAGCACAACUCAUGUAUGAAGCACUAUGACGAUUAUAAUAAUCAAAGACAAAGUGUGACAAGUAUCUUUGCUAGAGCAACUAGGGAAUUAGAAGGAUUGUAUAAGAUCCGUUUAACUUGUUCUUUAGAUUGUACUAGAUAUCUCAUAACACAAGGCAUUGCUUUCCGUGGCCAUGAUGAAAGCUCUACUUCUCUAAACAAGGAAAAUUUUAGAGAAAUUGUGGAUUGGGUAAAAUCUAAUGAUGAAAAAGUGAGAGAUGCUUUUGAUCGUGGUCCAAAAAAUUGCACAAUGACUCCCAGUGACAUUCAAAAGGAGUUUGCAACGUGUUGUGCACAUGAAGUUACCAAGCCCAGGCUGCAUAAAAUUUCUGGCUCCGCCACUGCCUGUGCGCAUAAUCCAAUGUGCUCAAAGUUUCUUCUAAGCAAUGAACAACAGGGGAUACUGUAG